UUAAGCAGUUGGAUAUAUAAGAUGUAGGAUGCUCCCCAUCUCAAGAAUCAAGCGACAACCCAUUCUCUGGCCAGUGAAUGCAGAACCACCUCCCUGGAUUUGUAUGAUCCCAGAUACACCUGGUGUCUUUCGGAUAGGUGCUGUGCCACCUCCUUUUAUUGUGUCCUGUCCUCAUCUCCCAUCUCCAUUGCUACAGGGUGUUCCUCCCUGGCAAGUUUCCUGCGACCCCUUCCUACCUUUGAUGUCAGUGCCCUCUGCAUCAGAUCCUGCUGGGCAUCAGUUUCCACUGGCAAAUGGGCAGUGGGUUGGAGCUCAUUCUCCCGCAUUUGGAUUUACACCAUCUUCAAAUGUUGAACUAAUUCCUCUAUUUCCAAAUGUUUAUACAUCCACGAUCCCUCCUGCAGGAAAAUGUUGGGUUGGAAAGAAGAUACCUAAUUGCAAGAUUUUCCUUAAUAAUUCCUUUGCUCUGGAAUCUUCCUGGAACCAUCCUACUGAGGAAAUAGUGUUAUUUCAGGGACCUGACAAACUUAACUGCAGAACAGGUCAAGUGACCACAGCUAUAUCAAGACCCUCCACUGCCUCCAGAUGUCUUCACACAGUUAUCCUGACCCCUCAACGAAUGACAGGUUUGUGCAAAAGUGGAAUGAAACCAGCUAGCGGCACCCAGGCUGUAUCCAUCACUGGUGCAGUGGCUGCACCUCCAGCUGUAUUAAUGGGAAUAGACUCAGAAACAUCGCACAGACUAUCCUCAGCAUCUGUUCCACCAUACCAUAUGCUGACUUUGCCGCCAAUCAAGGUCCCAUUUAUAACUUCUCAUCUGCCCGGUGGCCCUUCAAGAAUUGAGGCACGAGUCACACCAUUUCUACCAGCCCACUUUGCCAGAUUCUCCACUUCACCAGCCUUGACCUUCAUGACAACUACGUUGAUGGAUCAAACUUCAAACGAUAACAGCAAAGAACGAAACAGGCCUUCAUGCUCAACCGCUUUAAUUUUACGUUCUGAAAGGAAGGAUACAACAGUGAAAACAGAUGAAAAGGAUAAUUCUGUAAACGAAGAAGACUGCAUUACAAAAGGCAACAAACCGGUGGCAUCAACACCAGUCCCAGGAUCACCCUGGUGUGUAGUAUGGACUGGCGAUGACAGAGUUUUCUUCUUCAACCCUACAAUCCAGCUCUCAGUGUGGGAUAAACCGACGGACUUAAAAAAUCGAGUUGAUAUAAAUAGAAUUAUUGAGGACCCACCUCAUAAGCGCAAAUUGGAAACCUCUGCAACUUGCAAAAGAGAUGGACAACUUCCUGAAGAAAUUAACGAUGAACAUAUCACUAAAACAAAAAGAAACAAGACUGAAGAUCCCGCUGUUGACCAAGAGGAUGUCAGCACCGAAGAAAGUACCGGAAAGCCAGCUGUCUUGGAUUCAUUGCCUCCGUUGGAAGAACGUAUGAAGUGCUUUAGAAAUAUGCUUCUUGAAAGAGGGGUGUCAGCAUUCUCCACAUGGGAAAAAGAAUUGCACAAAAUAGUUUUUGACCCUCGAUAUCUUUUGCUUAAUUCAGAGGAACGAAAACAGAUGUUUGAACAAUUUGUAAAGACCCGGAUUAAAGAAGAAUACAAAGAAAAGCGGAGUAAAUUACUGCUCGCUAAAGAAGAAUUUAAAAAACUUCUAGAAGAAUCAAAGUUGUCCCCAAGGACCACCUUUAAAGAAUUUGCAGAAAAAUAUGGAAGAGACCAACGUUUUCGUGUUGUACAAAAAAGGAAAGACCAGGAACAUUUUUUCAAUCAAUUUAUUAAUUUGCUCAAGAAGAGGGAUAAAGAAAACCGUCUGAGGCUGAGAAAAAUGAGAUAAAAGUACAUAGAGUACUGUGAAAAAUUUUAGGCAGGUGUGAAAACAUGUAAGAGUCCUUUAAAAAUAGACAUGUCAAUUGUUUAUUUUUAUCAUUUAGCAAAAUGCAAACAGAAGAAAAAUGUAAAUCGAGUCAAUAUUUGGUGUGGUCACCCUUUAUCUUCAAAAGAGCAUAAAUUCUUUUGGGUACACUUGCACAAAGUUUUUGUAGGUAUAUAGUUAGGUUUCCGAUUAAUCAAUUAUAUUAAACAGGUGUUACUGAUCACCAAUUUAAUCUGUAGGUUGAAACUCAAUCAUUAAGUAAACAGAAACUGCUGUGUAGGAGAACUGAAACUGGGCUAGGAACAGCCAAACUCAC